CGUUCCAUUGGAUGACAUCAGAGCACGAGCUGAAAUGACACCGGAAGACCGACCGGUCAGCGCGGAGUACCUGGAUGGAAGUUUUGGAUGUUUAUUUCGGUUUUUUGGGGGGGACCAACAUCUCAGCAGGAGAGCACACAACAACUUCAGUUCUUGAGAGGCUCAUUUCAUCCCAUCUCGUGUGUGACAUUACACAGUUUUCUCGUUCUGGUUGCUUGCUUUAAUUUCCUGCGUGUCGUUCGGAACCUACCUCCUACAGGCAGUGUCUUUGGCAGUGGAGUGUAUAAUUAAAGCGCAUCAAUAAUCAAAAUAGGUCACCAGCCGGUAAUGGACCGUGUUCUAGCGGUAGAUUCGAGCGGGUUUUGUUUGAAUUUCGGGCUGCGAUGUUGUGGUGCCGUGAUCGUAUUAUUCGCUCCAUCGUUGCCGUUCCAUCCUUCCCCAGCAGAGAAUGCGAGGAGCGUAUCUUGGUGCUCUCUCGGUGCUCCGGACUCGAGACAGAACGUGGAGAAAGUUGGCCACCACAUCGCGCCGUACGGUGACAUGCGUGUUGUAAAAGUACCGUUCGUUGGUCGAGGUUGGAGAAGACGUAGAAUGCAAGAACGAGCAACAUAGAGCCAUUCGGCCGUUGGGUAGAAAAAGAGGCUACAAGAAGAGCUGGUUUCGUUGUUGAUGUUGGUUUUUUUUUGGAGAACGUCUUCUGAUGGACUCGCAAGAAGUUUGGCCCGUGGUCGCUCAAUCAGUGUGGUGAGAUUUUCGGUGCGUGACAGACGGUCAGUGACAGAGAUCGGGAGAAAAAUGGCACGCUCGACUGCUUGGUUGUUGGUAGCUGUUUGUGUUGUGCUGUUUAGAGCACAGUGCCAAGGGGCUGGCGACUUUGGACUUUCUUACAGUGUGCCCGGAUUUGAGCCGAGCUUCCGGGGCGGUAUGGGAUCGGGGUUAGUGGCCGUCGUAAAGGCAAACGCCAGUCUGCUCAAGUACGAAGCGAACCUUGACCGUAGCGGCGCCACGACGGUAUUGUACGAGGUGGCGACGAACCUCACCAGCCCACUGAACAAAGUGUUGGGCCACGUGGCAGCGAGCUUUGGAGCGAACGGUAGCGAUGCGUUCCGGACGUUGACCGACGAGCUGCAGGCCACUGUGCAGCCAACGAUUUUGGCGCUGGAGCAAGCGGCCAACAAGCUCCGGUCGCUGGAGGGAGUCGUACGCCCGAACGUGUUCAGUGCGUUCGUCGCCAACGUGAGCACGAUUGCGCUGGAGCUGGAAACACUGGCUGCCAGCUGGCCAACGUUUGCCGAAACGGUUCAAAUGGCCCGGUCGUCCGAAUCUCCGUACGGUGCCGGCAACGUAUCGUCGCUCAUCACGCCAACCAUCGUAAAGUCGGUGACCGCUCCGGUACAGCAGAUCAAUUCCGCUCUGGCCGAUAUUGCGGCGGCGUACGGUGCCGUUGCCAAGGAUCGCACCACCAUCAUCGGGUACGAAGCGUCCACCAACACCAGCGUCCAGAACGCGCAGCAGGAUCUGGCGAGUAGCGUGACGAUCGCGAACCGAACGUUCGCCGAUACCGCCCACCAGAUGGAGCAGCAGUGCAAUGGAACAGUGCGUCAGGUGCGUGACGGUUACACCGCCCUGCUCGGGCGGCUUAACGAUGAGACGUCCGGGGCGAAGGUGCGCAGCUUCCUGGAGCAGCUGGAAGCGCAAGGCUUGGCGCACAAUCAGCGCACCCGAGAGAUGCUGCACGAACUGGCCAUCCAGUACACGGAAUUGGUUACGUCCGCAGGCGAUGCGAUUGGGAAGGGACUGUUUGUCGGCACCGCUGCCCUUAUCGAUGAGGCAACGGCUAGUGACAGUAGCAAUGCCGAACGGUGCCUUCAGCGCUACAUUGGUGACUUCCGGCAGGGAUCGUACGCACCGACACGGCUCUCCGUCUGCUACCAGAUGGACGCACGCACGAUCGGCUACUUCUCGUCCGCCAAUACCGCUUUCCUUGAGCAGUGGCGCAAUGGAGCGGUGUACGGCAAUCAGGCACAGUCGGUCUGCACGCAGAGUUCGGCCAACUGUACGGCGGAGUACGUAGGACAGCUGGAAGGCAUUGCCAUGCAGAAUCAAGCCCGAAUGAACGCGUUCGAUACCUUUCUGGCGGAGGAGAUGGUUGCCUUGCGCGAACGGUACGACGUUUGUACGCGAGCCGUUCGAGCGGAUGUGGAGCAUUUGGUGGAAGCAACGACCGAAAAGUACCGAAACUGUCUCGUAACUGGCAGAUAGAUUGCAAUGAAUGAGUAA